GGGUUGUCCCCGGACGUCUGGGGCGGCCUAGUCUAUUUAUCUUCUGGGCAAACGCCCUCCCACAGCUUUAACGUCUCUUUAAAUCGCCUUUUGCGCACCUCGACGAAAGGCUCUCAAUUUAUUCUACAGAUUCUGGGUGAACGCCGAACCCCACCCCCCCACCGCCGCCUGUUUGGUUGCGUCUUACGUCCAGCUGAUUGCAUUGAGUGCCUUUCAAUUAUUGUGUUCGAACGGCACCGUUUUGUCGAGGCCCUCUUCGUUCGCCUCGCCUAUUCGCCAAUUUUCCGAGGAUUAUUCAACGGACGAAGACGUUUUGUUCUCGUCCUCGUCGCUUUUUUCUUUCUUUUUUUUUUUUUUUUUUUUUUUUGGGGGGUGGAGGGGUGGGGGGAAACGAGCGAGCAGGCCGCGGACUCAUCCCCGGCCUCGCGUAGCUUCCUGCGGCCGGCCGCCAUGGGCGACACCAGCGAGAGAAGCAAGCCGCCCGGUCUCCCUCCACGCUGUCCCUGCGGCUUUUGGGGGUCCAGUAAGACCAUGAAUCUCUGUUCCAAGUGUUUUGCUGACAUCCAGAAGAAGCCGCCGGAUGAGGAUUGUCCCUCUAAGGGCAGCAGCAGCGAGACCACCACAGCCACCAUCACCACCAUCGCCAACAGCGGCACCACCACCGCCAUCAACACCACCACCAACAAGACUCCAUCUAUAUCGUCGUCAGUGUCGCCAUCUUUGUCCCUGCCCACCGCCACCGAGCUGCCGGCGGCCGAGGAACCCUCGCCUUUGUUCGCCGCCUCCAAGGAGGUUUCAGGCGUGUCGUCCACAGUGACAGCGCAGAGUACGAUGUGCAUGCCCACAAAACGUCCUCGAGAGUCGGCCUCGGCUUCGGAGAGUGAGGCCACGCCGGAGAAGCGGCCGCGGGCUGAGGCGAAAGAAGAAGAAGAAGAAGACGACGGCGGCGAGGAGCAAGCAGGCAGCACGCCCAAGCAGAAGAACCGUCGCCGCUGCUACAGCUGUCAAAGCAAACUGGAGCUGGUGCAGCAGGAACUGGGGUCCUGUCGCUGUGGCUACGUGUUCUGCAUGCUGCACCGGCUCCCCGAGCAGCACGACUGCCUGUUCGACCACCUGGGGCGUGGGCGCGAGGAGGCGGUCCUCAAGAUGGUCAAGCUGGACCGCAAGGUGGGCCGCUCGUGUCAGCGCAUCGGCGAGGAGUGCUCCUGAUCGGCCGCCGCCGCCGCAUCCGCUCCCACGUGAGGCGUUAACACGCCCGUUGAGGAACUCAGACGUGUGGCUGAAUGGAGGCAAGAAGAAAAAGAAGAUGAGGAGGAGGAUAUUUUGGACCUGAACGCCGCUUACACUCACAUAGCCUUAAUCCCACCCCACCCCGUCGCCCUGGAUUUUUCCUAACCACAGGAAGUUGCGCCGAACUCUCGCCGUCUUCUCUCUCAGGUCGAACCCACCUUCCUCCUCCUCUUCCAUCUUCAACUUUUUUCUUUAAACGGCGUUGUGUUCCCUGCCGGUGAAAAUCUUUUGAGCUGGACUUGUGGUCACAUUGACUCCAGGAGAACACAACCCCAACCCGUGUCGCAUGAGUGAGAGACUAUGAGAAAGUGAGUUUGUGUGUGCAUGAGAGCUUCCCCUUCCUCCUCACGAUGCUCGGUACAGUACUCCUCACGUAGCGGGGAAUUACGGCUGAAGUUUUUUUUUUUUUUUUUUUUUCCUGUUCCGAUAUAAGUUGUUACCCAAAACGUGACCACGGAGUACCCGAAGACUCACGUGACCUCCUCCAAGGCUUCUAUUAAUUUAUUUUUUGGGCUGUUUUGUGGCUACAAUUAAUCGAUCGGGUGGUGUUUGUACUUACUAGAUUGUGGGGAUGUUUUGCUUGUUUUGGAAAGUGAACCAAAUCUAUUCUUCCUUGUCGCCGUUUGACACUCGCCAGCUGGGCUAAAGUUAGCAGCUGGCAUCUAAAUGCAUCAUGGUCACCAUCUUUAGUCAUUGUGCUGAGCUUGCAUGCAAGUUUAGUUUUCAACAGAAAUUGGGCUACCGUGUUGGCACCAUUGAAUUUUCUUUAGAGAAAUGACAAAUUGUGAUCCCGAUAGAGGACAACACUAGGACAAGGGGAGGGGAGGGGGGGGGGGGGUCUAUUCCUGAUAGAGAAAUCUACUAAAUUUAAUGUUGCUAAUUGAAACUGUGUUUGGGGGCUGAGUUUUCAAAAAAUUCAAAGGACCCCCGGAAAAGGCCAAAUUGACCCCGAAAUGGCUACCUGUGUUUUUUCAGGCAUGACUUCUUGAGACUGAAUUUUCAAACAUAACUUUAAAUUAGAGUAUGGUGUUAAGACAACCCCACACACAAUGAUAAAAAAGUCAAAUCUUUCUCAAGAUUUUGUGUCGUCUGUUCGUCUACUAGACGUAGUUCAAAUUUGGUGGCAAUCAAGACAAAAUCACUCUGAGGAGUCGGUCUUUGAAGGACCCCUGGAAACAUUCAAAAGGAGACUGCAGUAAAUCACGCAAACGAGCUCACGACUUGGAUGCAACGGAACUGAAAGAUUCUAUGUCACAAAUUCAAACUCCGUCACUCGAAGAGACUUCUAAAGACUUUGUUGUGUCGUCGCUCUUAAUCAGCGACACACUUUGGACUGGAUCUUAUUGCAUUUGCACAAGGAUAGGAUGCGUUUGUUGCUUCCGUCGGGGAGGAAGCGGAGCGUCGCAACUCGAUCGAGAAGCAACAGGGAAAGCGGACGAACUAUGCGAAAUUGUUCCUCUUCAAGCUCUUCCUCCUCUGGAGAUUUGGAACAGCGCUAAAGGGAGAAGAAAAAUGUCACAGAUCUUUGUUGUUCUUGGGAUCUUUUUGUUUUUGUGUGCUGAUGAGAAAUGGAAGAAAAAGAAAAUAUCUUUCUGUACCUUUUCAAAGCAAAGAAUUAUUUAACCUUAUAUCAGUUCGAGUUACAACCUAGCAUAGAGUGGCAUAGUUUCAUUGUAUUAAGAAAAAACAUAAUUCUGUCCUAUUUUCUCCUUAAUUUGUGUUCUGUUUUCUGAUGAGGAAAUAAACUGGAUUAGAGGA